UGAGGUGUGACUCCCAAGCGAUGAAGACACACUGACUCAGAGGGAAACAUGCUCAACUUGGAGGAAGAGCCAAUCAAAUACGGCGAGCUCAUCGUCCUCGGGUGUAAUGGCUCGUUCCCAGGAGGAAACCGAGGCAGGAGGAAGAGUCGCUUCAGUCUCUACAGACGAGCUAAAGCUAAUGGAGUCAAACCAGGAACCGUACACAAUGCCUGCAGCCCAGAGGCAGCCAAGGUGAUCAGUAAUAACAGUCAGCACAGUGUGUCGUACACACUUUCAGGCACUGAGACCGUGGUGGUCGAAUACACAGAUGACAAUGAGACAGACAUGUUUCAGAUCGGUAGAUGCACUGAGAGCCCUAUCGACAUUGUGGUGGCGAACCCAGCAGGCUGUAGUCAUAGUAACGAACUCUCAGGGUCCAACCAGAGUACGAUCUCUCGUUUCGCAUGUCGGAUUGUGUGCGAGCGCUCACCGCCUUACACUGCCCGAGUGUAUGCUGCCGGCUUCGACUGCUCCAGGAACAUCUUUCUCGGAGAGAAGGCGGCUAAGUGGCAUUCGUUCGGUGGUCAAAUGGAUGGUUUGACCACUAACGGUGUUCUGGUGAUGCGGCCACAGGGUGAAUUUAGCAGCACUUCUGAGCCUGGUGUGUGGAGGGAGAUCUCUGUCUGCGGCAACGUUCACACACUCCGAGCGACCAGAGCGGCUCAAAGCAAGGGCCAGCAGGUGAGGGAUGAGUCUCAGAUACUGGUGGAUGGCUCUCUGAUUGAUCUGUGUGGUGUGACCCUGCUUUGGCGGGCGGCGGCUGCACUCCCGUGCGCUCCUGGCCCAGAGCACUUGGAGCAGCUGAGGGUGAAGCUGAAUGCUGCGCGUCCACACUGUCCUGUCCUGCUGCACACUCUGGCCUUCCCCAGCCUGGACGACUCUGAGUCCCAUCAGCCGCGGCAACCCUGGGCCUACCUGUGCUGCGGGCACGUGCAUGGCUUCCACCCGUGGCGGGGCAGAGGGACUUCCAUUAAACAUGAGGAAGAGAAGGAGGAGAAUGACAAGGACGUAAUGAAGGGAGCAAGGGAAGGAGAUAAGGAGAGGGAGUGUCCUCUGUGUCGGGCACGAGGCCUGUAUGUUGCCCUGACGCUGGGCCGCGAGUCACGGCUCUGUGUGGAUGUGGGACCACCGUCUCAUGCCUUCGUGCCGUGUGGUCAUGUUUGCUCGGAGGCCACAGCAGUGUACUGGAGUAAAACCCGGCUGCCAUGCGGCGCAAGCUCUUUUUACCCAGCUUGCCCCUUCUGCAUGAAGCAGCUCGCACAUGACAGACCCUAUGUCAAGCUCAUCUUUCAGGGAGCGCCAGAUUGAGCUUCUGUGUAUGUGUUUGCGUGUGUGUGUGUGUGUGUGUGAGAGAGAAAGAGAGAGAGAGAGAGAGAGAGAGUUUGGAGAGCUUUGUUCACUGCCAGACUGACUGCUGCUCAAAUCUGAAUGGUAUUUCUGUCACUACUCCUCUGGCCCGGUCUCAUUUGCCUUCCCAUGUUUCCUGACACUCACCACACUGCCACUUUGUGCCCUCAAACUCUUGAUGCCAUUGAUGUCUCAAAAGCAGCGAUGUUGGCUCACGAAGCCCUGCUUCCAGUUGUGUUAAAAUCCUCCAUGAUAUGAGAAAUCAAUGACAUAAAACAGCACUUUCCGUUCUAACACACAAUGUGUAAUUGCUAUAGCUGACAGACCAUAUUGUUGACACAGACGUAUAUAAAGGUUUAUUUAUUGUAACAUAAAUAAAACUAGGCAGCCAAGCAUUUAAUUGGGAUAGCCAUAACAACUGAACAAUCCUAAGCCCCACUCACACUUGUUCAAGCUGCUGGAAAAUAAAGGUCCUGCUGACGUUCAUAGAAAAGGACCCUUGAGGGUCAGAAAUGUCGGAAAUACUGCGCUUAGCCUUUUGUGAAACAGCAGCUUAUUUAACGCCUUAUCUGCUUUAUAACGUAAUAUUUACUAACAGUCAAGCUAGCUAGCUAUUGACCUAUUUAUUUAUGACAACUCUUCAGUGUAACACUAGCCUUCUAUGUUUACCUUAUUCUGGCUAACCAUUUAUGUUGGCUAACUUACUCCAGUGAGAGCCAACUCAUUGUAAUGUUAGCGAGCUAAACUCUCCGUCCAACUGAUGCUACUCUCUAGCUAACAUUCUCCAUCUGUUUCUAUAAAUUUACUCCAUAGCUAACAAUUCUGUCCCUCAUCUUGCGACCUUAUGCGAAUAACUUGUUUGUAUCUCGAGCUUCAACUUAAAAAAUAAAAUAUAAAAAAAAAAAGUUAUAAAAUCUUAAAAGCUUGCCUGAGGCAUCAGUGGAUAUCAGCUGUUAACUGCUAAGCAGUGACUGGUGAGCAAAGCUGGGGCUUGCAAUUGGUCAGUUGUAUUUUUAAAGGAAUAAUUUGUCAAAAUAUCUUUGUUUGAACCCACUAAAUUUUGUAUGUUUUCAGCACUGAGUGAUAUUCAAGUACAUACAACAAUCAGCCAUAACAUUAA